AUGCUUAACAACAAUGAGGUUAAGGGCUCAGUUUCACCGUGGCAGAAGGAGUGGCGUCCGAGAAUUUCAUGCCCAGUACUGGAAACUGCUUGUGAAGAAAAUGCAUUCAUCACUGAGCAUGCGAACAAAGGACAGCCAAAGAUAGACAACUUUUUCGAGAUGGCUGAUCCAUUUGCCAAAGAGGACGACAUGCUUGAUAUAUCUGACACAAUAUUCGACGUUGCGAAUGAGUUUCCGGAUAUCUACCUACGUGGGCGUUUAGUCGCUCCUUCUAAAAGCGAAUUCAAGAUAAUAGUG